CGGGACGCGGCGGUCCGCGUGGGCCUGGUGCCGCCGUGGGCACGGGGUCCUGGGUCCGGCCCGCCUGGCUGACCCGAACCCCUUUGGCAGGUCCCAGCCGGCUGUUAACUGGAUCUGGAUCCGUUUGCGUACUGCGGAAUUCCCUGAGCCUUGGUGGGCGUGUUUUCAGUCUACUUUGGUGGUGUGCUCUCAGCAGCUUCUGGAUUUCUGCUGUGACAAUGGCCAAGAAUAAAUUAAGAGGGCAGAAGUCCAGAAAUGUAUUUCAUAUAGCCAGUCAAAAAAACUUCAAGGCUAAAAACAAAGCAAAACCAGUUACCUCUAAUCUCAAGAAGAUAAACAUUGUGAAUGAGGAGAAAAUUAACAGAAUGAAUAGAGCUUUUGUAGACAUUCAGAAGGAACUUGCAAACUUCUCAAAAGGCCUUUCUCUUGAACCUCUGCAGAAAGAGCUGAUUCCUCCAAAGAACCAUGAAAAUGAAUCAGCUAAUGUUGACGAAGCUACCAGAUUAAUGGCACAGCUAUAAUGCAGUGAUAACAUCCAAAUUUCCCCAAAAGAUCAAUAAAUUAUGUUUUAUACAA